AUGCCGCCCAGGAGGGAGACCCGGCAGAGGCAACAGCUCCUCUACCACCGUCUGCAAUGCAGUGGAACUGCCCACUCUGCACGCUGGGCUGUCGCCAUUGCCAGAAGAGGGUCGAGGCAGACGCUGGCCAUUCAGAAGGGCGAACCACUUGCCUGUAUUAUUGGUCACCCCAGCACUGGAGAGGGCAUCCAAACUAAAAUAUACAGUGGCUGGCUGGCGGUCCCGGACGCUGCACUGGAGCCACUAGGAGCAAGCUGCACCUGGACCGGAAAACGUGGUGGGAUUCUGGGAGGAGCGGCGCUGUGCAGAACCGGACUGGUCCUGUGGGAAGGACACUGCGCUACUUCGGUGAGGACCAACGCCGCGAGGGGAGACCCUACACAAGUCCUGACGAGGGUGGAGGAACAGCGAGUCUCCCACUCUGUGAGACUGCAAAGCGCAGACCAGGACUGGAGCCGGUGCCGACUCGCUCUCCAGCUGCAGGGCGCAGCAGGGACUUUGCGUGGCGAACAGUGGGACGGCAAUAACAUGCAGUGGACGGCAGAGUGGUCCGGGGCGCCGCCCAGCAGCCCAGAGACUGACGUGGACAGUGGACCGUUGGAGUUUGGGUUUUUUUUCUUUUUCUUGGAUGUAGAGUGGCCCAACAUCAAGGCGUGGGCCAACUACAUCCUAUCUUUAAUUUUUAUUAUGUUGUGUGUGAGUGUGCAUGAGACCCCGCCUGUGUUCGUGACUCCCCCCUGUGAGACGGCAGCGUGA